AUGCACUUCAGCUCCUCCCUCAUGGCCGCAGCCUUGGCUGUCGGUGCCAACGCCCAGUACAAGCGCCAGGACUACGGCAACUUCAACCAGACCUCUUCUGCUGCUGCCUUCAGCUACGCUCCCAUCGAGAGCUCCAGCUCUGUCGUCGCCCCUGUCGGCACUGCUGCUUCCUCCUCGGUCGCUCCCGUUGUCCCUCUCUCCACUAGUGUUGAGGCCUCUUCGGUUGCCAUUCCCCUCUCCACUGGCGCAUACGAGUCUUCCGCCGCUGCCGCUGAGACCAGCGCUGCUUCCUCUGUUGUCGCUCCUCUGAGCACCGGUGUUUCUGCUUACCCCAGCAUCAACACGAACGCUGCUUUCGGAACUGGCGCCUACGGAUCUGGUGUGACCUCUGCUCCCUCUGCCGGUGCCACCGGUUACGAGACCACCACCGCCUACACCACCUUCACCACCGAUGUGACCCUCACCUACACCAUUGGCACUGGAUCCACCAAGUCUGUUGUAACCACCACCAUCCACAAGACUUCCACCGCCUACCAGACUCAGACUGUCUACGCCACUCCCGCCGCUUCGGCUGGCGCUUCUGGCUACAGCGCUGGUUCUUCGGGCAACAGCAGCGAGUCUGACGUUACCUCGACUACCACCCUCUCGAGCACUAGCACCACCACUAACACCGUCACUGUUUCUCCCACUUCCACUGGCUCUUACCUGAGCUUCUGGGGCGAGAAGGCCGCUGUCACCGGAUACGGUUCAAGCUACGGUGCUCCCGGAACUGGCGCCAGCACUACUGACUCUGCUGGCUGCGCCGCUGCCACCACCGUCACCGUUACUGCCUCGGAGACCGUCUACGUUACUCUCGACUCUGCCUUGAGCACCAUUGCCAGCAGCACUGCCACCGGUGCCAGCGUUGUCCCCAAGCAGAGCAGCGCCGCUCCCUACUACCCCACCACCUCCGGUGCCGCCAGCUCUUCCAGCUGCGCAUCCACUGGCUUCAUCACCAUCCACAAGCCCUCGGGCGCCUCGGGUGCCGCCUACCCUACCGCUUACCCCACCGCUUACUAG